CAAUCGCGGCCAAUGGCAGUAGUGGUCCUCUUUAAAGCGCAGAAAAAGGCAAUCAAACAGCGCCAGCAUCCUCACGCACCCCGUCGACGGUCACUCUACGUUGGCUUGUGGUGCCCCUUCAAGCCAGUUUUUUGUAUACUCAAACACUCCAAGUCACCCAGUCAAAGCUUUUCUGAGGAUGAUACUUCCGAGCAAGGUUCUCGUGCUUUGCCAGUGCCUUUAUGCGGCCACUCACGCUGCGCGUGCGAGCUCUGUCGAGUCAGGACGCCAAAUAAAUAGCAAAUCAGGCGAAUUACCAGUCCAAAGGCAGGCUGUCGUUAAGCGAAUGACAAGGUGGCCACACGAGUUUCCGGACGCACUCAGCCAGAGGAUAGACGCCGAAUUCGAUCCUAUGGUGACACCGAAUCCGAACGGCCGGCUGUACACCCAGCCAGUAGCAAGGGUGCGCGUUUUCUUGCAAGAGACCGGCAUGCAAGUGUAUAAGGGACCCAAGAAGCUCGCAAAGUAUGUCUGGAAGCAUCCUUUCGUAGCUGCUGGUGUUGCAUCGGUCCCCGUCGGCGUCGGCAGCUUUGCGGAGGGCCAUAGAAGACAACAAGAGAAAUUGAAGGCGGCUGCUCAUAAGGCAGGUCAAAUUCCUCCGGACAAAUCUGCGACGGGCGCAACGACGACGGACAAGCAUGACCCCGACGAGCUGAAGAAAAGGAUUCUGGACAGGCGCAAUGAGAAUCCCUCAAGACAGACGUUCGUGCUGCAAAAGCGUCUCGCAUCAGGAAGGGCGAUGCGAAAGGUGCUUUUGGAAAAUCUAAAGAUCGUACAACGUCCAAAUGCGACCAGGACGGCACGUAGGAUGCACAGGCAGCUCUCUCGGCUCGAGUCAAAUCGACAGCUGCUGCAGGAAGCCAGGCUGGGGGGUAGUAAGAACGAUGAUCGCGUCAAGAAGGGCAUCAAGCUGACAUUGGCUGCUGGCGCAGUGACUGGCGUAGGUGUCGCAUCCUACCAAGGCGGCAAAGCUUUGGCAACCCAUCAGCACUUUGUGGACGUGACGAGGUGCGAAUCUGGCUCCUCUGAGAGCGGAUGCAAUAGCUUUCGAGCCACCGGCAAUCCGUAGCUACGCUUCUGAGCGGGAGCGCAAGCUUUGCACAAAGGAAGACCUGAUGCCGCCCACUUGCAAAUGUCGCGCAUGAGUAGCGGGGUCAGGAAGAAUGACCAGACAUUGUUGGGAGUCGUGAGUGAAAGCACGCCUGGAGCAGAGCGCUGCGAGCCGUGCAACGUCGACAUCGACUUGAGCCACCUCUUCUCAGUCGAGAAUUUGAGUCGUCAACGCAUCCCAUUUAUAUUUCUCAUCGUGAUCUCUAC